UAUGUUUGCAUAUUAUUCACCUGUUGGUCCAUCAGCAAUGAACAUGCAUCCACAGAGCAGCGCAUCAAUGCUUGGAAGUAGCCCUGAUGCUAGACGGAGAAUUAUGACGUACUCUCAUGGGAAUGGACUUGGUGCGAGUCCAUCAGGUGGAAACUUUGCAGCACUUCCCCUUGGCACUAGUCCCUCGCAAUUCACUCGCCAAGCUCCUAUGGUCAAGUUUCAGGUGGCUCUCCUGGACACUAUGGUCCUACUUCUCCCGCAAGAAACAGUUGUCAAGGAUCACCUUUAAGUAAGAUGGCUGCAGCUGGGCAGUUUAAUAGAAGAAAAGGUUGGGGAUAUUCUGGAAAUUCCCAGUCUCAAGAGAAUUCAUCAUCUUCAAAUUGGCAAUUACAAGUAACUGAUGGCACCAUUUCUAGCCAGGCUGAGGGAAAUCUCAAGUAGUUGGUGGUCUAUCCUUGAAUGUACAAUAAAAUUCUAACACAGCCAACCGGAAGCAACAGCGAGGUGGCAUUGGAAUGGCUACGAGUUACCCCGCUGUUCAGAAUAUACCGAACUCCAUAGGACUUGGUUCUAAUGUGCAACUCCAGUAUAGCUCAAGAGCAACUCAAGAUAAGUCGGAGGCCAGCAUGCCAUUACCUGAUCCUGGAGAUUGGGAUCCAAAUUAUAGUGAUGAACUACUUCUGCAAGAGGAAUGCGUAUUGGUUCGGCUGACUUUAACAGAGGAAUGCAUAUUGGUUCGGCUGAUUCAUUUGUUGGAGUUGGAAGAUUCAACCCUGCCUUAGCCACAAGCUCAAAUUUACCAAUUCAAAGACAAAAUGGUCCUAUAGGAUUUUCACAUGUAGAAAUGGGUAGUCCUCCUUCAGCUAAUGAUUGGCACACUGGAUAUCCUCGUUUUAUUUCAAAGCAAUCUCACUUCAUGCCACAUAUGACACAAAAUUCUCCGAGCCGGUUGGGGCAGCAAACCCUUCCACGAUUCAAUCAUGGGAGAUCCACUGGUCCUCGGGGUAACGAAUGGAAUCAGAUGAAAUUACAGCUCCCUCCUCCUGGCUUUAAUUCAGGGGGACAACGUUCUCCUGGGAAUAGUUCAUUAAGUAAUGGCAUGCCAUGGGGGCGUAGGGCCGACCAUCCUUUCUCAAAUAUUCCGCCAGCAUCUCUUGGAAGAAAGGACUAUGAAAGGAUUGCAUAAUGUUGAAUCAACUUAAUUAUGGGAUUAUGUUUUGGGUGUUUGUCAAAGAAAUUUGUACUCAAUAGUUCACUUAAUUAGUGAGCUCAUUAUAAGAAAAUGCUCAUCCAGACCAUGCUCAUUCAUUGUGCUUUGCAUAAACAUAAUUCAUGGUGAUUGUUUUGCUUGUCUUCCUA